AUGCAGGGAUCUGGGGGAGGUCCAACCGAAGGCAACUGUUCUGGCUAUCUCCUACGUUCGACGUCAAAACGAUGGGCAAAGAACUCGAUUCUGGCCGUCGAUGCCGGAACUCAUCUCUCUGGCAUCGUAAAAAUCCUCGACGACCAUGCACCCAACCGGAAAAACCCGGAGGCCUCGCCGUUCGAGGGUGCCCCGCUACCUGGAGCAAGUUCGAAAGUCAAUGCCGCAUUCAUCACUCGAGAGCUCGUAUCGACAUAUCUCCUCACCCACUCACAUCUGGACCACCUCUCCGGCUUCGUGAUCAACACAGCCUCCUUCUCCAACACCGCCCAGCCGAAGCGAGUGGCUGCCCUGCCGCACGUGAUCAACGCGUUGAAGACGCACAUCUUCAACGACGUCAUCUGGCCUAAUCUGUCGGACGAAGAUGCCGGCGUGGGACUCCUCACGUAUCAGCGGAUGCAGGUGGCGCACACGUAUAUUCCCGUCUCCGAUGGAUUGAGUGCGCAGGUGUGGGCGGUCAGCCAUGGCCACUGCAUGAAGCUGCACACUCACUGGGGAAGGAAGAGCUCCGCUGGUCUUCCCUGUGAUGGAGCUCAUAGCGGUCACAAUCACCAGGCGCGAUGGUGCGUGCUCGAUUCUGCGGUCUUCUUCGUUCGGGAUGACACCUCUGGCCAGGAGGUCAUGAUGUGGGGUGAUGUUGAGCCUGACUCGGUAUCCCUGGACCCCCGCAACCUCCGUGUCUGGCAGGAAGCAGCACGGAAAUUCCACGCCGGCUUCCUGAGCACAAUCUUCAUCGAAUGCAGCUACGUCAACUCGCAACCCGACUCACAGCUCUACGGCCACCUCUCACCGCAGCACCUGAUGACGGAACUCAAAGUGCUCGCCGAAUUCAUCGUCUGGCUACGCAACGGCGGCGACCAACGCAACGACAAGAAGCGCAAGCGGCUCAGCAACGGCUACUCGAACGACGAUCCACUGAUCGAAGGCCGGCGGCGGAACAAUCCCAAUCCGCCCAACACGGUCCGCGAAGAGGACGAAGAGGACGUUCCCCCGCCGUUCGGAAACCUCCUGCCGGACACGCACAUCAUGACCGACAAUGUGAAUCUGGACGUUAAUCCGAUCGCUGGCUUUCCCGCAGUCAACCCGUUUGGCGACCUGCGGCCGCUGGAGGGCCUGCAAAUCGUCAUCACCCAUGUUAAGGAUACCAUGGGCGAGCUCGACGAUCCCAUGCUCGUCCUGGCGGACCUGGAAAAACUCGAGAAGGAGGCGAAUCUGGGCUGCACGUUUGUGCUCGCUAGGCAGGGGGGGAGUAUAUAUUUCUAGUUUCUUGAGUAUCUUCAAUUGCUUUCUGGGUGGUUCGUCUGUUUUAUUUUUGAUUUUGUGGGUCUGAAUCUUUGCAGCGGGGAUCGGGGAUCGGGGAUCGGGGAUUAUUUCGUUUCUUGUUUUCUUGUUCUACUUGCUUUACACGAUUGUUGUAGACCGGUUUGCUUUUUCCGGAUUGGAUUGGAUUGGAUUUGUUCGGAUUGCUUCGGAUGGGAAGGGAUGAAAUGGAUUGGAUGGACUGGGCUGGGAUCGGGCUGGAUUAACGGAGUUGCGUUCUUUUGCCUACUUUACUUUACUUUACUUACUUUACUUAACUUGAUAUGUGGUUUGCUGGGUUUGGUCAGUGGCCAGUGGUGAGGGUGGGGGUGUUGAUAAUACCACACUCACUACACUGAAGAUUGUACGAUAUUGUUGUCGAAGGAAAUGGGAUGGGGAUAAUGUUUUGAUCCGACGGUGGUGCACAUUCGUUUCUCUAGCACAAUAGCAACGCUGUG